AUGUCUUUGGACUCUACUGAGGGUCUUCCCCUGACUGUCAUGUCCUAUGAUCGUUUUACAGCUAUUUGUAAACCCUUGCAUUAUUUGGUAAUCAUGAACCUACAACUUUGUCUCAAGAUGAUUGUCAUGGUCUGGGGUGUUAGUCUGGCCUCUUCUGUGGUAUUAUAUACACUCACACUGAAUUUGCCUAGGUGUGCAAUCAACCUUCUGGAUCAUUUCUUGUGUGAGUUGCCAGCUAUGGUCAAAAUAGCUUGUAUAGACACCACAACUUUUGAAAUGUCUGUUUUUGCUUUAGGCAUUGUCUUUGUCCUUACACCCCUCCUCCUUAUUCUUAUAUCCUAUGGUUUCAUUGCUCAAGCUGUGCUGAGAAUGAAGUCAAAAGCAAGCCAAAGAAAAGCAAUUAAUACCUGUGGAUCUCAUCUCACUGUGGUGUUCCUCCUCUUUGGAACUGUCAUUGUCACGUACCUACAGCCAGGUAACAGUGCCUCCAAAGACCAAGGCAAGUUCUUCACCCUCUUUUACCACAUCAUCGUUCCAAGUCUCAAUCCUCUCAUCUAUACCUUGAGGAAUAAGGACAUGACGGACGCACUAAAGAAUUUGGUGAGAGUUGCCUAUCAAUCUACAAAAAUGAAGAAGAGACGGAAAUCAUAG